AUGGCUGCCUUGUCGAUAGACCCGGUGGAACAGCCGAGGAUGUACCAGCAAACCCUGCUUCAAGACGGCCUCUGUGACCUGCUGGAUAACCAGAAAUUUGUAGACUGUGUCCUGAAGAUCCAGGACAGGGAGUUCCCGUGCCACCGCCUGGUCCUCGCUGCCUCCAGCCCCUUCUUCAAGGUAAUUUGUUGGUCCUGUGUGACUCAGCACGGUUCAAGCAUGACAUUAGCAAUUCUUGGGUUGUGGGUUGUGGAUUUUUGCUAGGCCAGUGUUUUCUGAACCUUUUUUGUGUCAGUGACCGGCAGGCUAUACUUAUUUCCUCCUUGGAGGGUUGCUUACAUUAAAACUGGCAUUGUAGAACUGACUAAAUCAGUGUCAGAUAAACAUACAGUACCGGUCCAAAGGUUUUUCUUUAUUUUUACUAUUUUCUACAUUGUGUAAUAAUAGUGAAGACAUCAAAACUAUGAAAUAACACAUAUGGAAUCAUGUAGUAACCCAAAAAGUGUUAAACAAAUAAAAAUGUAUUUGAUAUUUUAUAUUCUUCAAAUAGCCACCCUUUGCCUUGAUGACAGCUUUGCACACUUGGCAUUAUCUCAACCAUUUUCAUGAGGUAGUCACCUGGAAUGCAUUUCAAUUAACAGGUGUGCCUUGAAUUUCUUUCCUUCUUGAUGCGUUUGAGCCAAUCAGUUGUGUUGUGACAAGGUAGGGGGGGUAUACAGAAGAUAGCCCUAUUUGGUAAAAGACCAAGUCCAUAUUAUGGCAAGAACAGCUCAAAUAAGCAAAGAGAAAUGACAGUCCAUCAUUACUUUAAGACAUGAAGGUCAGUCAAUACGAAACAUUUCCAGAACUUUGAACGUUUCUUCAAGUGCAGUCGCAAAAACCAUCAAGCGCUAUGAUGAAACUGGCUCUCGUGAGGACCGCCACAGGAAUGGAAGUGCCAGAGUUACCUCUGCUGCAGAGGAUAAGUUCAAUAGAGUUACCAGCCUCAGAAAUUGCAGCCCAAAUAAAUGCUUCACAGAGUUCAAGUAACAGACACAUCUCAACAUCAACUUUCAGAGGGGACUGUGUGAAUCAGGCCUUCAUGGUCAAAUUGCUGCAAAGAAACCACUACUAAAGGACACCAAUAAUAAGAAGAAACUUGCUUGGGCAAAGAAACAUGAGCAAUGGACAUUAGACCGGUGGUAAAUGUGUCCUUUGGUCUGUAGUCCAAAUUGAACAUUUUUGGUUCAAACCGCCGUGUCUUUGUGAGACGCGGUGUGGGUGAACGGAUGAUCUCUGCAUGUGUAUUUCCCACCGUAAAGCAUGGAGGAGGAGGUCUUAUGGUGUGGGGGUGCUUUGCUGGUGACACUGUCUGUGAUUUAUUUAGAAUUCAAGGCACACUUAACCACCAUGGCUACCACAGCAUUCUGCAGCGAUACGCCAUCCCAUCUGGUUUGGGCUUAGUGGGACUAUCAUUUGUUUUUCAACAGGACAAUGACCCAACACACAUCCAGGCUGUGUAAGGGCUAUUUUACCAAGAAGGAGAGUGAUGGAGUGCUGCAUCAGAUGACCUGGCCUCCACAAUCCUACGACCUCAACCAAAUUGAGAUGGUUUGGGAUGAGUCGGACCGCAGAGUGAAGGAAAAGCAGCCAACAAGUGCUCUGCAUAUGUGGGAACUCCUUCAAGACUGUUGGAAAAGUAUUCCAGGUGAAGCUGGUUGAGAGAAUGCCAAGUGUGUGCAAACCGGUCAUCAAGGCAAAGGAUGGCUAUUUGAAGAAUCUCAAAUCUCAAAUAUAUUUUGAUUUGUUUAACACUUUUUUGGUUACUACAUGAUUCCAUAUGUGCCAUUUCAUAGUUCUGAUGUCUUCACUAUUAUUCUACAAAGUAAAGAAAAACUCUUGAAUGAAUAGGUGUUCUAAAACUUUUGACCGGUAGUGUAUGUGGGACUGGUCAACAACAUCCCAAAGGCCGGUACAGGUCCACAGGCUGGAGUUUGAAAAACACUGUGCUAGGUCACAUGUACUAAAAUGUACGCACUCACCGCCUUGGGGAAAAGCUUCCACUAAAUAGCAUAUAUUAUAUAUUAUAAUCGAUCAUAUUAUCAUCAAUCAUGAUUGGUUGAUUGAUCGAUUGGUUGAUUCUUCUUCUUCUUCUUCUUCUUCUUCAAGGCUAUGUUCCUGUCCAACCUGGAGGAAGGGGGGAAAAGGGAGAUCAUUCUGAAAGACGUGGAGCCUGGCGUCAUGGCGAUGAUACUCCGAUACAUCUAUACCUCGGACAUCAACCUGACAGAGCAGAACGUCCAGGAUAUCUUCAUGGUGGCCAACAUGUACCAGAUCCCAUCUAUCUUCUCCGUCUGUGUCUCCUACCUACAGGUAGCAUCUCUCUCUCUCUCUCUCUCUCUCUCUCUCUCUCUCUCUCUCUCUCUCUGUCUCUCUGUCUCUGUCUCUCUGUCUUUCUGUCUCUGUCUCUCUGUCUCUCUGUCUCUGUCUCUCUCUCUCUGUCUCUCUGUCUCUCUGUCUCUGUCUCUCUCUCUGCUCUCUGUCUCUCUGUCUCUCUCUCUCUCUCUGUCUAUCUUUUCUCUCUCUCUUGUUCUCUGUCUCUCUAUCUUCUCUUGUCUCGGUCUCUGUCUCGUCUCUGUCUCUUGUCUCUGUCUUGUCUCUGUCUCUGUCUCUGUCUCUGUCUCGUCUCUCUCUCUGUCUUCUAUCUCUCUGUCUCUGUCGCUUUCUUUAUCUCUCCUGUCUUCUGUCUCUGUCGCGCUCUCUCUCUCUCUUCUCUCUCUCGCUCUCUCUCUCUCUCGCUCUCUAUCGUCUUUUGUCUCUGUCUCUGUCUUUCUGUCUCUGUCUAGUCUCUGUGUCUCUGUCUGUCUCUGUCUCGCUUGUCUCUAUUCUCUCUCUCUCUCUCUUCUCUCUAUCUCUCUCUCUCUCUCUCUCUCUCUCUCUGUCUAUCUGUCUCUCUAUGUCGAUCUGUCUCUUUCUAUGUCGCUCUGUCUCUCUAUACUAUCUCUCUCUAUCGUCUCUCUAUCUCUUCUCAUCCUAUAUAUCUACUGUCUCCUCUCUAUUCUCUAUCUCUAUUAUCUCUCUCUCUCUCUCUCUGGUCCUGGGGGACGCGAUUAAACAAGAUAAGAAAAUGUCCCUGAUAUGUUGUAUAUUUACCUCCAGGAGAAGCUGGUGCUGGGGAACUGCCUGGCUAUUUUCAGGCUGGGGCUUCUAUUGGACUGCCCCCGCCUGGCUUUCACAGCUAGAGAGUUCAUCUGUGAGCGCUACCAGCUCAUCGUCAGGGACCAGGACUUUCACCAGGUAACCUAGAGUGUGUGUGUGUGUGUGUGUUGGGGUAUUUGGUUAGCCCUUUACUGCAGUCAAAUGACUAGUGGCCUCAUGGGUGGAAUGUUAUUAAUAUUUUUCAGAAUUUCAGAAUUAAUAAACAUUAUUUAAAAAAAAUCUGAUGAACAUCUGGUGUUGCUAUGUCAAACGGUUUUCUUAUCUUUCAGUCUUCUGUGAUGUAAAUAAAGUGUAAUAUUUGGAUGCAAACUCAAAAUGUAAUACAUUUCUACUCUAUAUCUGACAUGGUACAGGUGUCUUCUUUUUUAAGCCCAUAACCAUGUGUGUGAGGUGUAUGCUUUGGUUUCAAAGUAGAUUUGUUUAAGACAACCAAGAAACACUCUGUGUGACCCUUAUUUAGCCCACUGCAGUAAAAGGUUAAAGGAAAAAUAUUAAUGUUUCUGUCUCUGUGACAAUUGACAAUAAAGUAUAUUUAUCUAUCCACCAGCUGGGCCCCAGUGAGCUGGCAGCCAUCAUCACUUCUGACGCACUCAACGUGGACCGAGAGGAGGUGGGUGGUUGAUGGAUGGAUGGAUAGAUUGAUUUGGGAUGUACCCAUUAACCUUUUCCCAUUGUGGUCCUCUUGACCUGGACAUUUAGGUGGUGUUUGAGUCUCUGAUGGACUGGGUGGGCUACGACAGAAUGGAGAGGAUGAAGGAGCUGCCGGAUCUCCUGCACUGCGUCCGCUUCCGCCUGAUCCCAGUGGAUUACUUCACAGAGAAGGUUGAAGAUCACAAGUGGAUUCGGGCCAACGCAGAGGUCAAGAAAGAGCUGCAGCUGAUCAAAGACGCGCACAAAGGAAGACUCCCAGAGGUCAAAAGGUCAAGGAACAGGAAGUCCAAGAUGGCAGGCGACAAGGAAGAUGAAGAAGACUCUGACGAUGAGCAAGGUUUGCUUCCGGGGAUCCUGAACAAUAACCCUCGGUUCGGGAUGUUUGAGACAGACCUGAUCCUGAUGAUCAGCGACACGGGGAGCGUAGCGUACGACCCGGUGGGGAACGAGUGUUUCGUGGCGUCUGAGUCGACAGAGAUCCCUAAGAACCACUGCAGUCUGGUAACCAAGGAGAACCAGGUGUUUGUUGCUGGAGGAUUCCUCCUCAACGAGGACAACAAGGAGGACCCACUCAGCUCAUACUUCCUACAAGUACGGCUCUCUGCUAUUAUUAAACAUUAGUCAGGUACGGCUCUCUGCUAUUAUUAAACAUUAGUCAGGUAUGGCUCUCUGCUAUUAUUAAACAUUAGUCAGGUAUGGCUCUCUGCUAUUAUUAAACAUUAGUCAGGUAUGGCUCUCUGGUAUUAUUAAACAUUAGUCAGGUACGGCUCUCUGCUAUUAUUAAACAUUAGUCAGGUAUGGCUCUCUGCUAUUAUUAAACAUUAGUCAGGUAUGGCUCUCUGCUAUUAUUAAACAUUAGUCAGGUACGGCUCUCUGCUAUUAUUAAACAUUAGUCAGGUAUGGCUCUCUGCUAUUAUUAAACAUUAGUCAGGUACGGCUCUCUGGUAUUAAUAAACAUUAGUCAGGUACGGCUCUCUGCUAUUAAUAAACAUUAGUCAGGUAUGGCUCUCUGCUAUUAUUAAACAUUAGUCAGGUACGGCUCUCUGCUAUUAUUAAACAUUAGUCAGGUACGGCUCUCUGCUAUUAUUAAACAUUAGUCAGGUAUGGCGCUCUGCUAUUAUUAAACAUUAGUCAGGUAUGGCUCUCUGCUAUUAAUAAACAUUAGUCAGGUACGGCUCUCUGCUAUUAUUAAACAUUAGUCAGGUAUGGCUCUCUGCUAUUAUUAAACAUUAGUCAGGUAUGGCUCUCUGCUAUUAUUAAACAUUAGUCAGGUAUGGCUCUCUGCUAUUAUUAAACAUUAGUCAGGUACGGCUCUCUGCUAUUAUUAAACAUUAGUCAGGUACGGCUCUCUGCUAUUAUUAAACAUUAGUUAGGUAUGGCUCUCUGCUAUUAUUAAACAUUAGUCAGGUAUGGCUCUCUGCUAUUAUUAAACAUAGUCAGGUAUGGCUCUCUGGUAUUAUUAAACAUUAGUCAGGUAUGGCUCUCUGCUAUUAUUAAACAUUAGUCAGGUAUGGCUCUCUGCUAUUAUUAAACAUUAGUCAGGUAUGGCUCUCUGCUAUUAUUAAACAUUAGUCAGGUAUGGCUCUCUGCUAUUAUUAAACAUUAGUCAGGUAUGGCUCUCUGCUAUUAUUAAACAUUAGUCAGGUAUGGCUCUCUGCUAUUAUUAAACAUUAGUCAGGUAUGGCUCUCUGGUAUUAUUAAACAUUAGUCAGGUAUGGCUCUCUGCUAUUAUUAAACAUUAGUCAGGUAUGGCUCUCUGCUAUUAUUAAACAUUAGUCAGGUAUGGCUCUCUGCUAUUAUUAAACAUUAGUCAGGUAUGGCUCUCUGCUAUUAUUAAACAUUAGUCAGGUAUGGCUCUCUGCUAUUUUUAAACAUUAGUCAGGUAUGGCUCUCUGCUAUUAUUAAACAUUAGUCAGGUAUGGCUCUCUGCUAUUUGUAAACAUUAGUCAGGUAUGGCUCUCUGCUAUUAUUAAACAUUAGUCAGGUAUGGCUCUCUGCUAUUAUUAAACAUUAGUCAGGUAUGGCUCUCUGCUAUUAUUAAACAUUAGUCAGGUAUGGCUCUCUGCUAUUAUUAAACAUUAGUCAGGUAUGGCUCUCUGGUAUUAUUAAACAUUAGUCAGGUAUGGCUCUCUGGUAUUAUUAAACAUUAGUCAGGUAUGGCUCUCUGCUAUUAUUAAACAUUAGUCAGGUAUGGCUCUGCUAUUAUUAAACAUUAGUCAGGGAUGGCUCUCUGCUAUUAUUAAACAUUAGUCAGGUAUGGCUCUCUGCUAUUAUUAAACAUUAGUCAGGUAUGGCUCUCUGGUAUUAUUAAACAUUAGGCAGGUAUGGCUCUCUGGUAUUAUUAAACAUUAGUCAGGUAUGGCUCUCUGCUAUUAUUAAACAUUAGUCAGGUAUGGCUCUCUGGUAUUAUUAAACAUUAGUCAGGUAUGGCUCUCUGCUAUUAUUAAACAUUAGUCAGGUAUGGCUCUCUGCUAUUAUUAAACAUUAGUCAGGUAUGGCUCUCUGCUAUUAUUAAACAUUAGUCAGGUAUGGCUCGCUGGUAUUAUUAAACAUUAGGCAGGUAUGGCUCUCUGGUAUUAUUAAACAUUAGUCAGGUAUGGCUCUCUGCUAUUAUUAAACAUUAGUCAGGUAUGGCUCUCUGGUAUUAUUAAACAUUAGUCAGGUAUGGCUCUCUGCUAUUAUUAAACAUUAGUCAGGUAUGGCUCUCUUGUAUUAUUAAACAUUAGUCAGGUAUGGCUCUCUGGUAUUAUUAAACAUUAGUCAGGUAUGGCUCUCUGCUAUUAUUAAACAUUAGUCAGGUAUGGCUCUCUGCUAUUAUUAAACAUUAGUCAGGUAUGACUCUCUGGUAUUAUUAAACAUUAGUCAGGUAUGGCUCUCUGCUAUUAUUAAACAUUAGUCAGGUAUGGCUCUCUGGUAUUAUUAAACAUUAGUCAGGUAUGGCUCUCUGGUAUUAUUAAACAUUAGUCAGGUAUGGCUCUCUGCUAUUAUUAAACAUUAGUCAGGUAUGGCUCUCUGCUAUUAUUAAACAUUAGUCAGGUAUGGCUCUCUGCUAUUAUUAAACAUUAGUCAGGUAUGGCUCUCUGCUAUUAUUAAACAUUAGUCAGGUAUGGCUCUCUGGUAUUAUUAAACAUUAGUCAGGUAUGGCUCUCUGCUAUUAUUAAACAUUAGUCAGGUAUGGCUCUCUGCUAUUAUUAAACAUGAGUCAGGUAUGGCUCUCUGGUAUUAUUAAAUAUUAGUCAGGUAUGGCUCUCUGGUAUUAUUAAACAUUAGUCAGGUAUGGCUCUCUGCUAUUAUUAAACAUUAGUCAGGUAUGGCUCUCUGCUAUUAUUAAACAUUAGUCAGGUAUGGCUCUCUGCUAUUAUUAAACAUUAGUCAGGUAUGGCUCUCUGGUAUUAUUAAACAUUAGUCAGGUAUGGCUCUCUGGUAUUAUUAAACAUUAGUCAGGUAUGGCUCUCUGGUAUUAUUAAACAUGAGUCAGGUAUGGCUCUCUGGUAUUAUUAAACAUGAGUCAGGUAUGGCUCUCUGGUAUUAUUAAACAUUAGUCAGGUAUGGCUCUCUGGUAUUAUUAAACAUUAGUCAGGUAUGGCUCUCUGGUAUUAUUAAACAUUAGUCAGGUAUGGCUCUCUGGUAUUAUUAAACAUUAGUCAGGUAUGGCUCUCUGCUAUUAUUAAACAUUAGUCAGGUAUGGCUCUCUGCUAUUAUUAAACAUUAGUCAGGUAUGGCUCUCUGCUAUUAUUAAACAUUAGUCAGGUAUGGCUCUCUGAUAUUAUUAAACAUUAGUCAGGUAUGGCUCUCUGCUAUUAUUAAACAUUAGUCAGGUAUGGCUAUCUGCUAUUAUUAAACAUUAGUCAGGUAUGGCUCUCUGCUAUUAUUAAACAUUAGUCAGGUAUGGCUCUCUGCUAUUAUUAAACAUUAGUCAGGUAUGGCUCUCUGCUAUUAUUAAACAUUAGUCAGGUAUGGCUCUCUGCUAUUAUUAAACAUUAGUCAGGUAUGGCUCUCUGCUAUUAUUAAACAUUAGUCAGGUAUGGCUCUCUGCUAUUAUUAAACAUUAGUCAGGUAUGGCUCUCUGCUAUUAUUAAACAUUAGUCAGGUACGACUCUCUGCUAUUAUUACACAUUAGUCAGGUAUGGCUCUCUGGUAUUAUUAAACAUUAGUCAGGUAUGGCUCUCUGGUAUUAUUAAACAUUAGUCAGGUAUGGCUCUCUGGUAUUAUUAAACAUUAGUCAGGUAUGGCUCUCUGGUAUUAUUAAACAUUAGUCAGGUAUGGCUCUCUGCUAUUAUUAAACAUUAGUCAGGUAUGGCUCUCUGCUAUUAUUAAACAUUAGUCAGGUAUGGCUCUCUGCUAUUAUUAAACAUUAGUCAGGUAUGGCUCUCUGCUAUUAUUAAACAUUAGUCAAGUAUGGCUCUCUGCUAUUAUUAAACAUUAAUAAGGAAUGGCUCUCUGCAUGGUCUGGUGGUGAUUAACAUUCAGACAGACUGUUUGACCAUCAUCCUUAUGUGCUUUGCUGACAUUUUGGUUGUUAUAACUCCCUGUGCCAGAGAGAUACUUUGACUUACUACAAGCAGAAUGAUAUGAAGUAUUAUACCAUUGAUAAACCAUUCUGGUAAUAUUUCUCCCUCCUCCAGUUUGACCCACAUUGAUAGUACCAAUUAAACCAUUCUGGUAAUCUUCCUAUCUCCUCCAGUUUGACCCUAUGAGCGGAGAGUGGCUGGGGAUGCCCUCACUGCCAGGACCGCGCUGCCUGUUUGGGCUUACUGAAGCAGCAAACUCCAUCUUUGUUGUGGGCGGCAAGGAGAUGAAAGAGGGAGAACGUGUUCUAGACUCUGUCAUGAUCUAUGACAGACAGUGAGUACAGUACAGGGACCGUCUCUGUCUCUCUCUAUCCUCUCUCUUUCUCGCUCUCUGUAUCUCUCUCGCUCUCUGUAUCUCUCUUGCUCUCUGUAUCGCUCUUGCUCUCUGUAUCUCUCUCUUGCUCUCUGUAUCUCUCUCACUCUCUCUAGCUUUCUGUCAAUGGUAAAGACAAACAAGAGACUGUUGAUUUAAAAAAAAACGAUGUUAUGUUCUACAGGUCAUUUAAAUGGGGCGAGUCAGACCCUCUUCCCUACACAGUCUAUGGUCAUGGAACUGUCUCACACAAUGGCCUUGUCUACGUCAUAGGAGGAAAGACGGAGAGCAAGUAAGUCGCACUUUUGAAGAUUGUACGCCGUUCCCCUAAUCAUGGUUUGCAUGUUUCGUCACAAUAUUGUUUAUUAGGUUUAAAUGUCUGUGGAAUGGCGCAAACAAUGUACUACUCAACCUCAUCAUACGUAGGCUACAUUGACUCAUUUUAGCCUACUUGUGGAACAGCGCAUAGAGUGCAACAUGAAAUAGAUGCAUAAAACACGCUAUCAAGGCCGAGUUCAAAUACCAACAUCAAUGUGAAAGUAACCAGAGCAUAAAAUAGCUGACUGCGAAUACAAACGAUGCCAGAUAAAUCCUACACAUGCAUCGAAAUAAAAAGGCGUACCUCAAAGGACUUACUUAGGCCUACAAACGACAAAAGACGCAUAAAGAAAAACAAAUUCGACCAAGGAAUGAAGAACAUCAUGAAAUACAAAAGGAAAAUCUACACAUUAAGGCAGUGCCCGUGAUUCAGCACCGCUGAAUGGACAGCACCUCGGUACAGGUAGGCAUAGUGGAGCUCCGUGGGGUGUGGCUGAAUGGACAGCACCUCUGUCUAGUAGCCAGCUAGAAUAGGCAGUUAGACAUUAUUUUGGGCAACAGUUGAGUAGCGGAGGUCCUCAUACCAAUAGGCCUACAUGAAACCAAAAUUGCACUAGCCUACUGGGCGAAUAAAUUAAAAUAACAAUUAGGCUUACAGCUAUCACAACCUGUAUUUAAAUAGCAAUAAAACAACUUUUGGUUUCGAAUGGUCACCAAAAAGGAGGGCUCCCCACCUCCCAAUUCCCAAUUAAAUUAACCCCUGGCUAUCAGAUUACAACAAGAUUUACAAGGCCAAAUUCAAAUGCCGACAUCAAAUGAAAAGCAAUCGGCUCACUGCCUUAACAACUGUCUCUGCCCUCUGCUUUCUAAAAGUGACAGAAAAGGCUCACAGGCUGGCAGCUGCCCCUUCCGAGCAAUGCUCUGCAUGGUCCUAAAGCCAACCUAAACAGUAAACAGACGCUGCAUUUUAAUCGCGAUUGGAAAUAAUUGAGUCGUUUAUUGUUGUUGUUGUUGUCUACCGAACUGCUGUUUUUUUUUGGCUUGCUACAGAUGACUAUAUCGGUCCACUAACACAGGACUGGUAAAGGCCCAGUGCACUACUUUUGUGAGAAAAAAGAAAUUCUACAAAAAGCAUAUAUUUUUUAUUACAUUUUUUUUUUCUUCUUCAGAUUAUUCAGGGGAUGCUGCAGCACCGCAGCUAUGUCUACAACUAUGAGUUCUGGUAUAAUGUUACCGUAAUAAUAAUAAAUAAUAAUAAUAAUAUGCCAUUUAGCAGACGCUAUUGCUCUCUAUAGGAAGUGCAUACGCAGGGUGUGUGUCUACUGUAGUAUCUGAACAUUCCAGAAUGUAUCUCUGCUUGCGGAAACAUCUGGAAAACAUUACUAUAGGGGCCCCCUAAAACAGAGGAGAGUCUGUUAUGUGAAGGCCAGGGAUUGGUCUAUAAAAAAACACCCAUAUUAUGUUACAUGUUAUAAAUACCAUGGUUGGAACAAAGGACGGGGAGAAUAACAUAUUAGAGAUUGGGUCAGUUGUUCUCCAGAUGUCUGCAGGAGUCUGUAAAUUGAUACUGUUAUCUUUUAUAUAAUAAACCAUUAUAAUCAAGGACAGUGUCAGCGGAUUUCUUGUCAUCACAGCAUAUCAGCAUCGUUGUCUCGACACCACACUACAACUAUGAGUUCUGCUAUAAUGUUACCGUAAUGUAUUGUAUUGCUCUCUAUAGGAAGUGCCUACGGAGGGUGUGUGUCUACAACCCCACUAGGUUUGAGUGGAAGGAGCUAGCUCCUAUGAAGCUGGCUCGUUCUCUGUUCGCUGUGACGGUCCACAACGACCAGAUCUACGUGGCCACGGGCGUCACAGACACAGGACUCACCAGCACUGUAGAGGUCUAUGACAUCGCUACAAACCAGUAAGGGCUCUAUUCAAUCCACUUAUUAUAAUGUGUGUGCUGUGAUGUCAUUAUAAUGUGUGCUUUAAUGUGUGUGCUGUGAUGUCAUUAUAAUGUGUGCUUUAAUGUGUGUGCUGUGAUGUCAUUAUAAUGUGCGUUUUAAUGUGUGUGCUGUGAUGUCAUUAUAAUGUGUGUUUUAAUGUGUGUGCUGUGAUGUCAUUAUAAUAUGCGUUUUAAUGUGUGUGCUGUGAUGUCAUUAUAAUGUGCGUUUUAAUGUGUGUGCUGUGAUGUCAUUAUAAUGUGCGUUUUAAUGUGUGUGCUGUGAUGUCAUUAUAAUGUGUGUUUUAAUGUGUGUGCUGUGAUGUCAUUAUAAUAUGUGUUUUCAUGUGUGUGCUGUGAUGUCACUAUAAUGUGUGUGCUGUGAUGUCAUUAUAAUGUGCGUUUUAAUGUGUGUGCUGUGAUGUCAUUAUAAUGUGCGUUUUAAUGUGUGUAAUGUGAUGUCAUUAUAAUGUGCGUUUUAAUGUGUGUGCUGUGAUGUCAUUAUAAUGUGUGUUUUAAUGUGUGUGCUGUGAUGUCAUUAUAAUGUGUGUUUUAAUGUGUGUGCUGUGAUGUCAUUAUAAUGUGUGUUUUAAUGUGUGUGCUAUGAUGUCAUUAUAAUGUGUGUUUUAAUGUGUGUGCUGUGAUGUCAUUAUAAUGUGUGUGCUGUGAUGUCAUUAUAAUGUGCGUUUUAAUGUGUGUGCUGUGAUGUCAUUAUAAUGUGUGUUUUAAUGUGUGUGCUGUGAUGUCAUUAUAAUGUGUGUUUUCAUGUGUGUGCUGUGAUGUCAUUAUAAUGUGUGUGCUGUGAUGUCAUUAUAAUGUGCGUUUUAAUGUGUGUGCUGUGAUGUCAUUAUAUAAUGUGCGUUUUAAUGUGUGUGCUGUGAUGUCAUUAUAAUGUGUGUUUUAAUGUGUGUAGUGUGAUGUCAUUAUAAUGUGUGUUUUAAUGUGUGUGCUGUGAUGUCAUUAUAAUGUGCGUUUUAAUGUGUGUGCUGUAAUGUCAUUAUAAUGUGCGUUUUAAUGUGUGUGCUGUGAUGUCAUCAUAAUGUGUGCUUUAAUGUGUGUGCUGGGAUGUCAUUAUAAUGUGCGUUUUAAUGUGUGUGCUGUGAUGUCAUUAUAAUGUGUGUUUUCAUGUGUGUGCUGUGAUGUCAUUAUAAUGUGUGUUUUCAUGUGUGUGCUGUGAUGUCAUUAUAAUAUGCGUUUUAAUGUGUGUGCUGUGAUGUCAUUAUAAUGUGCGUUUUAAUGUGUGUGCUGUGAUGUCAUUAUAAUGUGCGUUUUAAUGUGUGUGCUGUGAUGUCAUUAUAAUGUGUGUUUUAAUGUGUGUGCUGUGAUGUCAUUAUAAUAUGUGUUUUCAUGUGUGUGCUGUGAUGUCACUAUAAUGUGUGUGCUGUGAUGUCAUUAUAAUGUGCGUUUUAAUGUGUGUGCUGUGAUGUCAUUAUAAUGUGCGUUUUAAUGUGUGUGCUGUGAUGUCAUUAUAAUGUGCGUUUUAAUGUGUGUGCUGUGAUGUCAUUAUAAUGUGUGUUUUAAUGUGUGUGCUGUGAUGUCAUUAUAAUGUGUGUUUUAAUGUGUGUGCUGUGAUGUCAUUAUAAUGUGUGUUUUAAUGUGUGUGCUGUGAUGUCAUUAUAAUGUGUGUUUUAAUGUGUGUGCUGUGAUGUCAUUAUAAUGUGUGUUUUAAUGUGUGUGCUGUGAUGUCAUUAUAAUGUGUGUGCUGUGAUGUCAUUAUAAUGUGCGUUUUAAUGUGUGUGCUGUGAUGUCAUUAUAAUGUGUGUUUUAAUGUGUGUGUGUGUGAUGUCAUUAUAAUGUGUGUUUUCAUGUGUGUGCUGUGAUGUCAUAAUUGUAAUGUGUGUGCUGUGAUGUAUUAUAAUGUGGUUUAAUGUGUGUGCUGUGAUGUCAUUAUAAUGUGUGCUUGGUUUUAAUGUGUGUGCUGUGAUGUCAUUAUAAUGUGUGUGCUGUGAUGUCAUUAUAAUGUGUGUGCUGUGAGGUCAUUAUAAUGUGUGUGCUGUGAUGUCAUUAUAAUGUGUGUGCUGUGAUGUCAUUAUAAUGUGCGUUUUAAUGUGUGUGCUGUGAUGUCAUUAUAAUGGUUUGUGUGCUGUGAUGUAUUAUAAUGUGGUUUAAUGUGUGUGCUGUGAUGUCAUUAUAAUGUGUGUGCUGUGUGUAUUAUAUGUGUGUGCUGUGAUGUCAUUAUAAUGGUUGGUGUUUAAUGUGUGUGCUGUGAUGUCAUUAUAAUGUGUGUCUUGUGUGGUGAUGUCAUUAUAAUUUUUUAUGUGUGCUGUGAUGUCAUUAUAAGUGCGUUUUAAUGUGUGUGCUGUGAUGUCAUUAUAAUGUGUUUAUGUGUGUUGAGUCAUUAUAAUGUGUGUGUGUGAUGUCAUUAUAAUGUGUUGUGUGUGAUGUCAUUAUAAUGUGUGUUUUAAGUGGUGAUGUUUGUGUUAGUGUGUGGUCAUUAUAAUGUGUGUGCUUGUGAUGGAUGUGUGUCAUAUAAUGUGUUUGUGGUGAUGUCAUUAUAAUGUGUGUUUUUAAUGUGUGUGACUGUGAUGUCAUUAUAAUGUGUGUUUUCAAUGUGUGUGCUGUGAUGUCAUUAUAAUGUGUGUUUGUGUGACUGUGAUGUCAUUAUAAGUGGUUAAGUGUGUGCUGUGAUGUCAUAUAAUGUGUGUUUAGGUUGCUGUGAUGUCAUUAUAAUGUGUUGGUGUCGGUGUCAUAUUGUGUUUAUGUGGACUGUGAGUCAUAUAAUGUGUGUUGGCUGAUGAUGUCAUGUGAUAAUGUGUGUCGUGAUGUAAUGUGUGUGCUGUGAUGUCAUUAUAAUGUGUUAAGUGUGUGCUGUAUGUCAUUAUAAGUGUGUUUUGUGUACUGUGAUGUCAUUAUAAUGGUCGUGUUUUAAGUGUUAAUGUGAUGUCAUUAUAAUGUGUGUUUAAUGUGAUGUAUUAGUGUUAUGUUGAUGUCUCUUAAAUGUGUGUUUAAUGUGUGUCAUUAUAAUGUUGUGUUUUAAUGUGUGUACUGUGUGUCUUAUUAAUGGUGUUUAAUGUGUGUGCUGUGAUGUUCAUUAUAAUGUGUGUUUUAAUGUGUGUUACUGUGAUGUCAUUAUAAUGGGUUUUAAGUGUGUGCUGGGAUUGUCAUUAUAUGUGUGUUUGAAGGUGUGUGCUGUGAUGUCAUUAUAAGUGGUGCUGUGAUGUCAUUAUAAUGUGUGUGCUGUGAUGUCAUUAUAAUGUGUGUGCUGUGGAUGUACAUUAUAAUGGUGUGAUGUGAGUCAUUUAUAAUGGUGUUUUAAUGUGUGUUGCUGUGAUGUCAUUAUAAUGGUGUGCUUUGUGAUGUGAUGUCCUUAUAAUGUGUGUGCCGGUGAUUGUCAUUAAAUGUGUUGUGCUGUGAUUGUCAUUAUAAUGUGGUGUGCUGUGGAUGUCAUUAUAAUGUGUGUGCUGUGAUGUCAUUAUAAUGUGUGUGCUGUGAUCCAGGUGGUCAGAGUUUUUAGAGUUCCCCCAGGAGCGUAGCUCCAUGAACAUGAUCACUAUGGGGGAAUGUCUGUACGCUGUGGGGGGCUUUGCCAUGAUGCCCAGCGAGAUCAGUGACCAGCCACAGCCCACCGAGAUGAACGACAUCUGGAGGUAAUUUCUAUAACAUCUUAUAAAGCAUUCAAACACACUACAUAGUGCUUUAUAGAGCAUUCAUAAGCACUGCAUACUGUUGCUAACCACUGAGAUUAACGACAUCUGGAGGUCAGUGCUAUAACAAUUUAUAAAGGCUUUAUAGAGCAUUUAUUAAGUCUUAUAAAUGCUUCGUAGAUCACUCAUAGGCACUGCAUACUGUAUAUCAGUUGUUUUUUAAACCUCUCCUCUGGGACACCCAGACAGUUAAUAUUGUUGUAUCCCUGAACUAAUCUCAGUUAACCCAGAAUUAAAAUCUUGCAUAAUCUGGUCAGAUGCUCAGUCAGAGGCGACAGUGCCAUUUAUGUUUACAUUUUCCAUUUUAGUCACUCUUAUCCAGAGCGACUUACAGGAGCAAUUAGGGUUAAGUGCCUUGCUCAAGGGCACAUCGGCAGAUUUUUCACCUAGUCGGCUCAGAACCAGCGACCUUUCGGUUACUGCCACAACGCUCUUAACCACUAAGCUACCUGCCGCCCAUAGUUAUGAGAGAUUAGCCCCGAACUAACUCACCUGAUUCACUUAUUUAAGGGCUUGAUGAUUAGUUGACAGGUUGAAUCAGGUGUGUCAGCUGUGCAAUAGUUAAAAUACAUAGAAUGUCUGGUUUGAAAACCCCUGAUGUAGAUAACCACAUCCCACUGAGAUGAACGACACCUGGAGGUCAGUUAUAUAACAGCUUAUAAAGGCUUCAUAGAGCAUUCAUAAGGUCUUCAUAAGCGCUACACUGAGAUGAACAACACCUGGAGGUCAGUGAUGGAAUGUUGUAAUAAUGAACAAUUCCCAUUACCCAUUGAGGGCAACAUUGACUGAACUUACGUCAUUACAACUAGUUGUAACCACUGGGAAUGUACUCAAUCAAAAGUUCUUAAUCUAAAAAUGUGUUGGUGCUGCUGGAUCCGUGUAGAGAAUCCACAGACAAUGAACCAUGCACUUUCUUUUUUCCCCACAGAUUUGAGGAGGACUGCUGGAAUGGGAUUUUGAGAGAGAUUAGCUAUGCUGCAGGCGCCACGAUUCUCGCCGUGAAGCUCAAUACACUUCGUCUCACCAAAAUGUGA